AUGGCUAGUGGCUACGCCAGGCCAGCCCUCUCGGUAAAGGAACAAUGUCGUAGCACCUACGUGGUCCCUUCACCGAAACCCAGAUCUAAGCAAGCAAUCAACCUAAGAUUUGCAGCGAACUCCAUCACCAUCGAAGGCCUUUGCUACUCAUCAGCGGAUUCAGAUCGCGUUCUCUCAGAAUUGCAUAAUUUAGGUGCAGAGAGAAGCGACUGCAUAAUGCCAUGA